UCAAUAUUUUUUCUUAAAAUAUAUAUGCCAUAAUGCUAAGAAUUGUGUAUUUCAAGAACUCAAGCAACGUGAAAGGCGUCAUUAUUGUAUUAAAAAAGGCUUCAUUAUCUACAACUUGUAUAUACGUAUAUAUAAUAACGGACUGAUCAUUGAUUCACAUGCCAAAGAAAGAAAAAAAAACUCAUUGCAACUCCUAAAAUUUUCACACACAUCCAUCCAAAUGUCAAACUCACGUUUUUGUUUGCUCUCACUCGUGUCCAUCUUAUCCUUACUCAUCAUCACUACUACAACCAAUCUUGUCGCCGCUCAGCGCUGUCGUCCCGACCAAACCGAAACCCUCAAGCGUUUCAAGAACGAGUUUGCGUUCUCCAGCAGCUGCACCGAAGACGCCUACUUCUUACGCGGCGUGACCUGCCAUAACGUGACCGGUGCGGUUACCGUUCUAAAACUCCCCGGUGGAUGUCUACGUGGCACUCUUAGAGACAAUAGUAGCCUCUUCGAGUUAAGCCAUCUCCGUUACCUUAACCUCUCUUUCAACAACUUCGCUUCUUCUCUUUUACCCUCUUCUUUUGGUCAACUACACAAUCUUGAGGUCUUGCUUCUCUCCUCUAAUGGCUUUUUAGGUCAAGUUCCUUCCUCUAUACGUAACCUCACGAAACUAACUCAGUUACAGCUUUCUCAUAAUAAGCUCACAGGUGAUUUAGCCUUACUUCUACAGAAUCUAACAAACCUUGUAGCUUUAGACGUUUCUUCUAAUGAAUUCUAUGGAACCAUACCUUCUUUUCUCUUCACUAUGCCUUCCUUGUCUUUUCUUGUUUUGAGUGAGAAUCAUCUCUCUGGCUCACUUGAAAUACCUUUUUCUUUACCUAAUCUCCGAGUUCUUAAACUCUCUUACCUAAACAUAACCCACCAGCUUGACUUAAGAGUCUUCUCCUCUCUCAAAUCUUUGACAUACCUUGAUCUUUCCGGAAUCAGUUUAACACCAACAAGUGUGGAUUCAGACAUCAACUUUGCAAAGUCUCUGAGGAUCUUGCUCUUGUCGGAAUGCAACAUAAGUAAGUUCCCAAGAUUCGUGAAGUCCCUAAAGAAUCUGGACUACUUAUAUCUUUCCGACAACAGAAUCAAAGGCAACAUUCCUGAUUGGUUAUGGAGUCUUCCUCAUUUGACCUCACUGAAUCUCUACAACAACUCUCUCACCGGCUUCGAAGGCCCACUAGACCAUGUUUUAGCCAACUCAUCGGUUCAAGUGCUAGACAUGGCUUACAACUGCUUCAACGGUUCAUUCCCUGACCCACCACUCUUCAUCAUCAACUUAUCCGCCUGGAACAACAGUUUCACAGGAGAGAUCCCUCUCUCAACAUGCAACAGAACAUUCCUCGACGUUCUCGAUCUCUCCUACAACAACUUCACCGGCCUAAUCCCUCCAUGUCUCGGUAACAUCAACAUAGUGAAUCUCCGGAAAAACAAGCUGCAAGGAAACAUCCCAGACGAGUUCCACAUCAACGCUCCUACGCAGACGCUUGACGUGGGGUACAAUCAACUAACCGGGAAGCUUCCAAGAUCUCUCUUAAACUGCACACUCCUAAAGUUUGUUAGCGUGGAUCACAAUAAAAUCAAUGACACGUUUCCCUUCUGGCUCAAGGCACUGCCGAGCUUAAAAGUCCUCACUCUACGUUCAAACAGAUUCCACGGUCCUAUAUCUCCACCUUAUGGUCCUCUCGCCUUCCCUAAGCUUCAGAUACUUGAGAUCUCGCAUAAUAGAUUCACCGGAAGCUUACCAAGAAACUACUUCGAGAACUGGACUAACACAUCUCUCAAACCUAACGAUGAAGAGAAGAUGUAUAUGGGAGAUUACUCGAGCGAUAGGUUUAAUUACGAAGACACUUUGGACUUGCAGUACAAAGGCUUAUACAUGGAGCAAGGGAAGGUUCUCACGUUCUACUCGGCGAUCGAUUUCUCUGGAAACAAACUCGAAGGAGAGAUUCCUGAAUCUAUCGGUCUAUUGAAGGCCUUGAUUGCUCUCAACUUAUCGAACAACUCGUUCACGGGACGUAUACCGAUGUCUUUCGCUAACGUGAGUGAGCUAGAGUCGUUGGACUUGUCGGAGAAUAAACUGUCGGGGGAGAUUCCUCAGGAGCUGAGGAGGCUUACGUAUUUGGCGUAUAUAGACGUGUCGGAUAAUCAGCUUACUGGUGAGAUACCGCAAGGGACGCAGAUCACAGGGCAGCCUAAGUCGUCGUUUGAAGGGAAUCUAGGGUUGUGUGGUCUUCCUCUUGAGGAAAGAUGCUUCACUGAAAAGACAACAUCGAUAGAAGAGGUUGAGGAAGAAGAAGAAGGAGUGUUGAAGUGGAGAGCAGUGGCAAUAGGGUAUGGACCUGGAGUUUUGUUUGGGUUAGCUAUAGGACAUGUUGUUGCUUUGUACAUGCCUGAGUGGUUCUUCAAGAGUUAGGAUGUUUCAGCUUAUUUUUUUUUGUAAUUUGAUCUGUGAAUGUGUGCCAAGUUAAUCAAAAAUAUAGUUUGUGAAUGUGUGCCAAGUUAGUCAAAAACAUAAUUUUUGUA